AUGGAUGUGUUGCAGGGUACCCAACUUUUAGCCAUAGAUGUUGCUGUAGCUACAGGGUUGCAUAGAAGGGUACUUUUAGCCAUAGAUGUUGCUGCGCUUCUGCUAAAGAUGCCUAUUCUGGAAAUUCAAUGCGAUAAGAGGCUGCAAGAUACUGUAAAGAAUGGUGAUAUAGAAUCCCUAAGUGUUUUAAAGAGUCAAAUACCUGGGCUAGACUAUGUUGUAUUUGUGAAGGGUUUAGGCCCACAUGAUAUUCAGUAUGAUUAUCAGCAAGACAGACCUCCUAAGGAGAUAAUUGUCAUCUGUAAGUGUGCAGAGGCAGUUCUUCGAGGUGCUCAGGUAUAUGUUCCAGGUAUAUUAGCACGCAGUGCUCAUGUUGAGAAAUGGGAUUUAGUUGCAGUUUCAGUUGGUGUUGAACAGCCUAGUCAUGACAAUGGAUGGGCUAUUGGAAUCACACGUGGCAUUGUCCUACAAGGACUCAAAACAGAUCCUCAAUAUCUUGCAAGAGAUGGAUUAUAUAUUAGUCAAGGAACCACAACCAUGUCAAGGGCAGGAAUGUUUCAUGGAUUAUUAGGUCUUGCUGUGGAUAUGACUGAUAGAGUUUUUAAAUUAACAUCCUUUAAUGGGGGACAUAUUUCUUCAAAACCAGUCAAGCAUCAUCACUACACAUGUCUUAGAUCCACAAGAGGGAGAAAGAAUAUUGGACAUGUGUGCUGCCCCCGGUGGAAAACAACUGCAAUUGCUUCCCUUAUGAAAGAUAAAGGAGAGGUUAUUACAGUUGAUAGGUCUCAUGACAUGGUACUUGCUACAUUUUGUGAUAAUACUCUUAAAAAUGGUGGAAGUGAGAAAUUGAACGAUGAAGCCGUUGUGGACACGCUUGAGAAGGAUUGGGCACUUGAGCUGGAAGAAGUUUUCAUAGGUUUGAUAAGUUUGUUCCAUAUAAAAAUACAAUCAAGAACAAGAUUCUCCUUUAGCAUGGUUCUCGUUUGACAAACUAUAUUGGUAUUUUAAGCCAAGGAUUGCGAAUAGCUCCACCUGAAGCUCCUGCAACCGGCUACAUGCAUACCAUUUCGAUCGUUCAACUCUACAUGCUCGAGUAUGAAGACAUGAAAACAUUGUAACCCCAUAUCCGAAUAUAUUCUAAUGUUGUUGGCACACAGAGAGUUGUUGGCACAUAGUAAGCUAGAUGAUGCAAUUGUAUAUAAAUGAGUUCAUUUUUUAAUAACAUUUACUCACUAUUGGAAUAAUUAUUUGUACUUGAUAUAUUAG